AUGUUCAAAGACCUGAAGAAGACCUUGUCCACCUGGUCGGCCGUCCGGGCGGAGGCGAAGAAGAUCGCCACAGCCAUUGUGAUGGAGAGCCCUUCGGCAGUGCAGGUUCCCUUUCCUGUGGCAACUACAACAUCGGAUGUUCAGUCGGGUGAAUCUUUGAACGGCGCUGAGAAAUUAUUGAAAGAUUUCUUUUCGAACCAGGAGUACGUUGAGGUGCUGGCAGAUUUUGUGAGCAACAACCCCAGCGAGGUCGAGAUGUCUGUGUCCCACUUGCCAUGCUUCCCUGAAUUGAUGAGCAGCGUUUGGUCACUCUUCGAAGCAUAUGCCAAGGCCAACAUGCCACCAAAGAAGGACAAGACCAGGACUCACUCACUGUUGAUUUCCAAGAUGAUGGAUUGGAUCGGUGAGGUCUUUAAUUUCGGUGAUGAGCAUGGUUGCAGAGCUCUUGCAGAUAUGUACCUGGCGCCAGCUGGCAAGAUUGCAAUCGUGUGGGCGAAUCCAGACUCGUACGGCGACUUCGUCAUCCCAGAGGAGAAAAUCUCGCUCGCGGUGCAGGUCUUCAGGGGCGAGGGCCAGUACAAAUCAUCCCUGCUACAGAUGGACUGUCGUUGCAUAGGCGUUGGCAGGAAGUUGUGGCUUGGAACCUGGAACUCCGCUUUAGAAAUGAUACUCGACGCCAUCAUUGAAGGCAAGAUCACUGGUGAGUCGGAGGAGGGUGAGUACGUCAUCAUAGACGAGGCAUGCAACGCAGCUCAGACUUUGUGGGGAAUUCAGGAUGCCUCAAAAGAUGCGCAAGCAGCUUUCGAUCGUCAAAUCGAUGCUGUACGCAGCGCAGCCGAUGCCGCCAACACUUCUGCCGGGACGGAGAGGUCUGCCAUUGUGCCGUCGGCUGCGUCGGGUCCUGGGUUGGGUGCCAAGCCUACUUCUGACAGGACGGUCACAUUGGGCAAUAUUGGUGAUGUGCUUCGCUAUCAAGAUGCAGCCCUGUUCGUUGACCAGCAGUCUGGCUGUGGUGCCACCGUUCGUGACCUGCUUGCUACAAAGCAUUCAACUGGCAUCAACGAGAAUGGGCUCUUCAAAAUUCCUAAAGGCGAGGUGACUUCAGCCUAUGUGAAGCAGAUCUGCUUGGCGAUCGAAGGCCAUCUGUUCAAUCUCGCAUUUCGGCCAAACCAAGCAGACGAAGCGAACUUGAGGAUUGAUGCGAACUUCAUCCAGUCCAAAGGAAAAGCUGUGAACACCAUCGACGUCAUCGGCAAGGAGAAGCUCUUCAAAGAAGACAGUGCUGCCUCUGGCUGGAAGCCGAAACUUUACUUCGCUGGCUGCGUCUCCACGACCCGCUCCAAGCAGUGUUUUCACAUUAUGACGAUAUGUGGAGUUUCUAUUCAGCCUGGGGGUGAGGGUGAUGCGGCCAGCGUCAAAGGCAAGUGCGCGGUGGGCGCCGAGACCAGCCUGCAAAUUCCUGUGUAUCUGGCCUACGAGGAAUCACAGCACGGGGUCAUGGCGGACAGCCCAGUCCCAGCAUGGCUUGUGCCAGUGCGGGAUGUCCCAGCUGCUCCAGUUGCCAAGGGCAAAGCGAAGCCGAAGCCCGAGGCGGCAAUGCCUUUUGUGCCGCCAGCGGCGCCAAUGGUAGUUGCAUUUCAGGGUCUACAGCUCAAGCUACCCAAGUGGCUCUCCAUUGGUGACAUUACUGACUGUCCUGUAUACGUCCCGUGCUUGGUGCCGACGGACCUCGGGUGCUCCCUCAAGGCUCCGCUGAAGCUGUGGCGCUACGCGGUGCCCGACGAGAAGAUGAAGAGUUCAGGCCGUGGGUCGCAGGCCCAGGCUGCGGAGAUCACGCCGCCGCCGCCGAAAGAGUUGAUCGGCAGCGGCGCGCUGAUCAACAGCAAGGCCAGCGGCAACAGCCCCGAGGCUAAGGAGGUCUCAGCAGAUAAGGGCAUCCCUGGCACCAAGGGCCUGAAGAAAUCUGAUUACCUUCACCUGCUGAAGUAG